AUGAGAACAUGGCUGCUAUCAAAUGCAAAAUUCAGACGCGAAUUUUGGAACCACUUUGACAAUGAUGGUAUGCGGACUACUAACAAUCUUGAAGGCUAUCAUCACGCACUAAAUAAGUUAGUAGGGGCUGCUCACCCAAAUAUUUUCAAAUUCAUUGAAACCAUAAAGAAUGAGCAGCAGAUAUUCAGUAAAGUUUUGGCUAAUAUUGCAGGGGAGCCAAACCACCCAGCAGUAGGAAAAAAUACAGGCUUUUGCAUGAAGCUGUUGAGAGGACAAAAAUUUUAUUGAGGAGAGGAGACAUUUCUUUAA